UUUCUAAUCGAAACGUGAGUGUCAAACAAGUGAUUAAUGCUUUGCCUUUAAACAAAGUAACGCCUUCAAAUGCUUUGAGGUGUUGUUUAGUAGGACAACAGAUGAUACAAAAUCCCUGAAGCCUACUGAAACGAAUUACACUUGGUUCAAAGUAUGAAAUACUUGGCAGAUUUAAAAAGGAUGAAAAUUUUGAGAAUGUAAGAUAAAGUUUGAAAAAGAACAGUGGUUUUGAUAUAGAUAUAGAUCAGUGUGUGCAAAAGAUUGAGUUUGUGUUCAAAUUGAAAAGUUAACAUUUAUUUUAUAAAGAAAAUGUGUUUCAAAACAAAAUAUUUCUGCGUAGUAUUAUUAAGUGUUUGUGUUGAAAUAAACAGCAGACAUAUCAACAUAGGUCAAGAGAAGUUGGAUCAGCCGAAUUCCAACCUUAAAACUGCAGUUGAAAACGGUAUAGAAUCGGCUGAAAAAGCAAAAUCUGACGCCAGUAGUGACCAAACGUCAUCUUUGGCAAUAUAUCAAACAGAAGCUGGCAAUGGCAGAAAUCUAACUGAUUUAGAUGCCAAUACAGGGAGUAUACAUUUUUCCAGCCAAACUGAUAAAAACGGCGGGGAACCGUUGCCUCAGAAGAAGACUUCUGCAAUUACGAACAAUGAGAAGUCGAAUGUGCCUAAAACCGACAGCACUUUGGGCGAUGAAAAUAGUUUGACAUUCGAUGCACUGGCUGUGGAACAACCAAUGGCUUUAAAGAUAGUGUCCGAGAGAAGCACCGAGUCAACGCAGCAAUCUCAAGAACCACAGUUAACGACAACCUUAACAUCAUCAUCAACAACAACAACAGCAGCAAUAACAACAACAACAGCAGCAAUAACAACAACAACGCCAACAACAACAACUAUAGCAGCAGCAACAACAACUACGCCAACAACAACAUCUACAACAACAACUACAGAAGCAGCAACAACAACAAUAACGCCAACAACAACAAAUACAACAGCAGCAACAACAACAACGCCAACAACAAAAUCUGUUCAGCCAGUGCCAGAUGAAUUGUGUUCGUUGCUCGAACGACAGGGCUUCCCACUCGUGUCCGGAUGCAAUAAAUCAGGUCGUCUUGGAAUAUGGAAUUAAAAGUAUUCUCUCUAAGAAUUCUGGAAUGGGCAUCUAAAGACUUUUGAAUGUGAAAAUUUCUUGUUUUUGUGAAUAAAUUAUGUUAUUUGAGAAGGC